AUGACCUUUAAAGAAAAGACUUUGAUUCAAUCGUUUUUUAGAAUCAUAUUUAUUUUGGUCUUGUUAUCAUGUUCAUUUCAACGAGCUUAUUGUAGUUUAUUCUCUAAUUCACAAGUCUCUAUUACUCAAGAUGUUGUCUGGAUAUACUCUAACUCUUCUACACUAGUACACGUUGAUAAUAGUUUUACUCCUAUAUUUUAUAAUAAUAAUAUAAGAUCUGCUACUAAUUUGAGUCAACCUAUUGAAUCUGGGUUAAAAGGUGUUCUUUAUAUUCAAGAUUCAAGCCAGUGUAGUAUGGCUAAUAAUAACAUAAACUCAUCAUCUUCAGACCAAUUUGUAUCUCUACCAACUGGAUUGCCCAAGAUUGCUCUUAUUUAUCAACAGGAGAUAGAGACAAGUAGCUGUUCGGUCAUUGAUAAUAUCCUACAAGCUCAAAACCAAGGAGCAGUUGGGGUUAUUAUGUAUGGAAAUACUAUAUUAAAUCCUUCAAAGGAUGAAGAAAAAUCAACCAUGAUCCCUACUGGAACCAAUAUUGCCAUUGCAGUUUACUUUGUUGAUAUUAAGAUAGGUGAAGACUUAUUUGACAAGGUCAUGUCUUAUAAAAAUUACCCUUCAACUUCAUUAGAUAGGUCUGUUAGUGUUAAACCUUAUAUACGUACUGUUUUAUUACCUGCAAGCCCUGGUGGUAUCAAUGCUUGGGAAGUAACCUUAUUAAUUGUAUCCAUAUUACUUGUCACAAGCUUCCUUGCUUCAGUUAUCAUGCACUGGCAUAUAUGGAGAAAGCGUAGAAGGCAAGAGUAUUUGAUUGAACAGGGCUUAAUUCCUAUUCCUGUUGAGAUGCUGCCUAUGGGGAAACAAAUACUGGAUAAAUCUCAACUUGACAGCUUAUUCCCUAUUAUAGAUAUAACUUCAGACUACCGAUUUUCAUCUGAAGAUCCACCCGUAUGUGUCAUUUGUCUUGAAAGCAUUACAGUAAACUCAAAGAUUCGUAAAUUACCAUGUGAGCAUGAGUAUCAUUGUCAUUGUAUAGAUCCAUGGUUAACAGAAAAAUCUUCUGAAUGUCCUCUUUGUAAAUACGAUUGUAAUCUUAUUUCUAAACCUAGUCAUAAAGAGAAAAUGGAUACCAAUGUAAUACAAAAGUUGGCUUUGAAUCCAGUCAGAUAA